AUGGCCAGAGCAUCCUUGGGCUAUUCUCCUCCGCCUCUCUCCUACUUCCGCCACGUGUCUAACCUCCACAACUAUACUCGCCUCGCCUCCUCAUCCACAUUCCACGUCAGCUCAGCCGCCGACCCGAUGGCCCACCCGUCCCUCGAAACUCUCGGCGGCGCGCGCGACCUCUUCCUUCCCGCCCUCAGCUCACUGACCCGACCCUACAACCCGUUUCCCGUAAUCGGGUCGAACCGCCACGUGGAGACCAUAUUCGCCUCGUUCUAUAGAUCGACUCCCGACGUCAGGCUCCGCCGCGAGUGCCUCCGAACGACAGACGACGGCGCCGUUUCGCUGGACUGGGUCUCCAGGGACGACCGCCUCUUGCCUCCCGACUCCCCUCUCCUCAUUCUCCUGCCAGGUUUAACUGGAGGGAGUGAUGACUCGUAUGUGAGGCACAUGUUGGUUCGAGCCAGAAGUAAAGGGUGGCGGGUUGUGGUGUUCAAUAGCCGUGGUUGUGGUGGUAGCCCUGUAACAACUCCUCAGUUCUAUUCGGCUUCAUUUUUAGGAGACAUGCGUGAAGUAGUGGCCCAUGUUGGUAAUCGGUAUCCGAAAGCUAAUCUGUAUGCUGUUGGUUGGUCUCUUGGUGCUAACAUUCUCGUUCGGUAUUUGGGUCAGGAAUCUCAUGCAUGUCGUCUUUCUGGUGCUGUGUCGUUGUGUAAUCCUUUCAAUUUGGUCAUUGCAGACGAGGACUUCCGUAAGGGCUUUAAUAUCGUUUAUGACAAAGCUCUUGCAAGUGCUCUCUCCAAAAUUUUCAAGAAGCAUGCUCUACUCUUUGAAGACAUGGGUGGUGAUUUUAACAUUCCAUUGGCUGCCAAUGCUAAGUCUGUCAGGGAGUUUGAUGAUGGACUAACUCGUGUUUCAUUUGGUUUCAAGUCCGUAGAUGACUACUACUCUAAUUCCAGUAGUUCCAAUUCCAUAAAGGAUGUCUGCAUACCAUUGCUUUGCAUUCAGGCGGGAAAUGAUCCAAUUGCUCCGAACAGGGGAAUUCCUCGUGAAGAUAUCAAGGACAAUCCAAACUGUAUGUUGAUAGUGACACCCAAAGGUGGCCAUCUAGGGUGGGUUGCAGGUCCUGAAGCUCCAUUCGGAGCUCCUUGGACUGAUCCAGUUGUCAUGGAUUUCCUUCAGCAUCUGGAGAGAGGAAAAUCUGGAGCCCUUUCCUCUAGUAACUCGGAAAGUGAGCAACGACGUUUGGAGGGUUUGCACCAAUUGGAAGUAUAG